CCAGGUCCCAGGUGAUUACCAGGCCCCAGGUGGGCACCAGGCCUUAGGUGAACAACAAGAUCCAGUAGGCCAUCAGAACCCAUCUGCAUACCAGUCCCCAGGUGGACAAAAGGCCACAAAUGGGACAUAAGCCCAAGGCAGACAUCAGACCCCAGGUGAACAUGCAGGUCCCAGGUGGAAAUCAGGCCUGAGGAGGACAUCUGGCUUCUGGUGAACAUCAGGUGCAGGAAUACAAGCAGGCUCUGGGUGGAUAUAACUGUGUAUAGGUAAGACGUUGACCUGCAGGGGUGGUAAGCAGUCAGCAGCUCAGUGGGGUCCCGAGUAGGUCUUAUGGAAGGAAGGGGCUGAGGGGACGGAAACUUAAAGAAGUGACCUCACUUCCUUGAUGACAGAUGAAAAGAACUUAGAGAGCUCUGGUAACUGGGUGCCCCUAUCCUAGAGUCAGCCUUGUAGCCAGCUUGUUUGGUGGGAGACGCUCAGGAGAGUAAGAUGUUCUCGUGCUGCAUCCCCACAUCUUGAGGCUCCUGCUUAGCAGGGAUGAGACCCUUUUCCAAUGAUGCCAACAAAGGCUCAUCAUUCACCCCAGACCCUCUGGCCAUUUGGCCAAAGGUGCCCCAGGUACCACAGGGCAGGCCAGGGCAGGUUCUACCAGGCCAGGCCUCACCAGUGAUCCCAUCAGGGUCACAUCUACACAUUGUCCUUGUCCUCAUCCAGCUGGAGCCUCUGGAGCCUAUGAGGCACAGGCACAUGAUGAGGUGGCUUGCAGUCUGGAAGACUUUCUUGGGGUGCUGUUUUCAGGCUGAAAUUCCUUUAAAUUCAAUGAGGUUGUAUUUGUGUUCAGAAAUUCCAGUGGAAAGCGACUGAUGUUGGUGACCCUUUCUCCUUUUUCAGCUCCUUCUCCAUAUGCAGCACCACAGGAACUUCCAGUACUGUUCAGCCAGGGCCAACACCAGAGGAAGGGCCCCCUCAGGAAUAGCGCUGGAGCUAGAGGAUGCUCCAGAGCCCUCUCACCCCUGCCCUGGUACAGCCAAUGACAAGCCCAAUGAGGAGCUGCCUGCCGUCCUGGCACCUGCUGUACCACUGGCCUCAGCCCCAGAGCUGAAAGUGUGGCUGGAGCGUGGUGGCCAGCAUGGUCCCAGUCAGCAGCUACCAUCCUGCUUGUCCUGGGCACAGUGGGAACCAUGGAGGCAGAGACCCGGACAUGCAGCCUGGGUUCCUCUGCCUCGCUGGAGAGAGGCUUCUCCCAUUGAGCAGAGCCGCUCCUGUGCUGCUGCAGGACCUGCUUGAGCUGCUGCUUCUGGGGGUGUAUAUCUGCCUGAAGGUGCUAGAGAGCAGGAAAAGGAGCCUGCGAGGAGGGGUUCCAGCAGCUCCUCCUGCUCCCAGAGGUGCCCUCUUUCUCCUGGGAGCUGCCCUCAACUGGGCAUCUGGGCUGUUUACCCCUGAUGUGCUGCCCAGGAUGGGCUCUUCUUGACAGGUGGGCAGGGGAUGAAGUGGUCACAGAGCAUCUCCGAAGGGUACAGGAACAAAGCUUCCAAAUUCAGCACUUGUGCUCAGGGUCUCCAUGGCAUCACCUGCCCUAGGAUUUAUUCAUAGUGUUAGAAUUACAAGUUUAUACAAUGACGUUUAAGUAAAGUUUGGCUUUUUGAAACUUCAGGCCUUCUUUAACUCCCUAAUGUUAGAUGGUGUUUUUGAGGCUAUCCUGAAAUUCUCUGAUAGCUGUGUCUUUUUGUUGUGCUGGUUUGUGUGAUCAAAUUACCAUCAAAUCAACUAUUAUUGGAAACCUUUCAGGUAUGGCUUUUAGAAGACCUUGAUCUACUUUUGCCCGUUUUGACUCACUGGUUUCUUGUGGAAAGAGGGAUCAUAUAGGUUCAUUUCUCUGGCAGAUCAAUCACCUUUUGCCAUCAAAGAUUUGACAUCAGAUUCCAAAAAUUAUGUGUACAAGUUGAUAUGUUGGUUCUUUAUCUAAUCUGAGGGUCAAAACAGAAUGUCAUAGCCUAGGUAGCAUAGAAACAAAUGUAUUUCUCAUAGUUCUGGAGAUGGUAAAAUCCAAGGUCAAGUGGUCAGCAGAUUCCGUUUCUAGUGAGGGCUGGCUUCCUGGUUAAUAGUCCUGUUUCUACUGUGUCUUCAGAUGACAGAAGAGAUGAGGGAGCUCUCUGUGGUCCUUGGAUAGGGGCACUAAUCCCAUUCAUCAGGCCUCCGCCUUCAUAACCUAAUCACCUCCCAAGGCCCCACCUCCAAAUGCCAUCACAUUGGGAAUUAGAUUUCAACACAUGAAUUUGAGGAGGGCAAUAACAUUUGGUUUAUAGCAUCAGGUCAUCCUAAUCCAUAUUCACUCACAGGAAAUCUAUAAUCAUCUAUAGUUUUUUGCUGGUCCCC